AUGACUAUAUCCUUAACAAUAUUUUUUUAAGCUGAAUUUGGAGAAUAUCAUAAUUUGUUUAACUAUAUUGCUAUUGUAGCUUGGGUUUCUGAAAUGCUCUUGUAAAUGAACACAGCUACAUACCAUGAUGGUGAUUUUAUAACAGACAGGAAGAUCAUUUUUAGAAUUUAUCUUAAAGAAUACUUCUUAUUUGAAAUACUUCCACUAAUAUUUGAAGGAAAAUCCUCAAAAAACGAAGCCAUAAAUAUAUUGUUACAUCUUCCCUUGCUACUAAAGUUGAAAGGGAUGUCAAUUAUUUUGAUUAAAUUAGAGUUCUUAAUUCUUCAGCAUUUAAGAAAACCUUAUAUAAUUUAAAUUUGCAAAUAGCUAUUAUCAAUUUUAUUACUUAUCCACUUGAUGGCUUGUUCAUACUCUUUAUUUGGCUAAUUUGAAAAAUAAUACUUGCACAUACCUUAUAAUUGGAUUGACUAAAGCAAACUGCAGCAAUCAAGUAGCGAUUGGUGGAGCAAAUAUUUCGAAGCUUAGUUGUGGGCUUUUUAUACAAUGAGCAACUCAUACUCUUCUUCUAUAUUUUCUGAAUAUGAAUAUGCCUUUACCUCAUUUUGGAUGCUUAUAUCAUCUGUUUUGUUUGCCUAUAACAUUGCAACUAUAGGAAAUAUUUUGCAGGAUAUAAAUUCCGCUUAAGAAAAUUACAAGAAGGAUCUAAACCUCUUAAAUAGAUACAUGAAAAGAAAGAAAAUAGACAUAGAGCUUUAGAGAGAAAUGAAUUCGUACUUUGUUAAAUAAUACGAAUAAGAUUCAUCUAUGCAAUUCGAGGCAGAAAAGGAAGCUUUAAAAAAACUAAAUAUCAACAUGAGAAAUAAGCUAAUUGUGGAAUCAAAUAAGCACAUACUUAAGCAAUUUUCAUUUUUUAACAUAUUCUCAUAGCAAACUCUGUAAAAUAUUUACUAAAUUAUGGAGGAAAAAAUAUAUUCUGAAGGCGAAGUUAUUUAAACAUUUGAAUAAAAUACUACAGAUCACUUUUUGUACUUGAUUCUUAAAGGGAGUGUUCAGGUUAUUUAAACAUCCUCAGAGAGCUCAUUAACAGAUUCACUCAUGCAAUAUGAAAAAAAAGUGGUAAAUUCAAGGGGAUAAAAUGAUGAAAGCAAAUUUUUAAAAUUAAAAAAUAGCAAGGUUGUUUGUAAGCUGAAAGAGGGAAAUAUGUUUGGAGAGUGUGAAUUUUUUUCAAAUGCCGCUUUACCUUAUUUUAUUCAAACUUGCCAGAAAGUUUUUGUCAUUAAAAUAUCAAGUAAUAAGUUUUAUGAAGUUGUGAAAAAAGAUAAAAACGAUUACUAAAAAUUUAUGGAAUUAAAAUCAAGGAUUUCAUUUAAUAAUCAAAUAAACCUUAUUAACAGUAUGUGUUUAAUAUGUAAGGGGAAAGACCAUUAGUUUAUAAAUUGCAAUCAAACUCAUUUGUUUGUUUCUCAUUCCUUUAUAAUUCCAAAAUAUAGCUACUCAGCUAUUCAGGAAAGGAAAUACUAUGAUAGAAGCAAAAAAAAAUAUCAAAGAUGUAUUAUUGAGAUUAUUUCAAAAUAAUUUGAUUCAAAUAUAGAAGAAGAGGAAGAGAAUGAAUAUGAAUCUUCAGCAUCUGUAGUAAAAAAAGAUGAUGAAACCUCAAUUUAUAAAAUUCCCAGCUAACAACCACCAAGCUAAAAUAGUUGCCAAUAUAAACAUUCUAAGGAAGAAAUAAAUUCUGAAUAAUCUAGCCCUACUGACUCUAAAUUAGAUAAUUAACUCAUAGAGAAAGUAUAAGAGGAUAUUUUAAAUUAAAUAAAGUUUGUUAUGGCAAAUUUGAGAAGUAACAAUAAGCGUAGAGCACACUAAAAUGUUAUUCAUAAUACAUAAUAAAAAAAUGAUGAUUCUUGUUAAGAUAUUAAAUUGUAAAGCAAUGAAAAAUUUGAUUUACCAAUAAAAAAUGAAAAACGGUCGUCUUAUUACUUAGAUGAUAAACAUUAAUUUACUAGCAGUUAAAAUAAUUUAGGAGAUUUAUUUCCUACACAAAGAAUAGUACAUUAAAUACCUAAUAGUUAGAUUUAAACAAAUAAUAAUAAAAGCUCUAAUUUUAUUCCUAGUCUCCAAAUGAUAGGAAGAUCAAUUUAAAUUAUAAAUUAACCUUAAAAGCAAGAAAGUAUAUUAGAGAUAGAUAGGCUAAAAAACUUUUAAGAAUCAUAAGUCAAGAAUGAAUAAAUUUAAAAUUCCUUAAUCAAGACUAACUCUCUUGGACCUUAAAAAUCAAAUAUUUAAUAGUAAAUAAGGUAAGCAUUGGGGAUGUAUAGAAACUAAGAAUCAAUAAACUAAAAUAAUUUAAUUGAAGAAUAUCUCCUUACUAAGUAAUGGAAUGGCUCAGCAACUUAUUGGAACUUUGAUAAACUCCACAAUUUUAUUUAUUUUUAUCCCUAACAUAACUUCUAAAAUGUCUUAAAAUGUCCUAAAAAGACCAUAGAAAAAAGGUUGACUAUUAUGAUAAAGAAAAAAUGA